UUAAUUACAGCUCCGCCCUGUGCGCUUAACCUUCUUUUCCUUCUUUCGCGCCGAAGGUUCUGCUUUUGGACCCCUGGCUGGCGAGACCCUCUGCACCAGCAGCGGACGAAAAUCUGAAACAUCAUAAUGGCAAGUAAACCCAUCCUCCACUAUGUUAAUGGAAGAGGCAGAAUGGAAUCCAUCCGAUGGCUCCUAGCAGUAGCUGGAGUAGAGUUUGAAGAAAAAUUUUUUGAAACAAAAGAACAAUUACAAAAGCUGAAAGAAACUGUACUCUUGUUCCAACAAGUGCCAAUGGUGGAAAUUGAUGGGAUGAAGCUGGUUCAGACAAGAGCCAUUCUCCACUACAUUGCUGAGAAAUAUAAUCUACUUGGGAAGGACAUGAAGGAGAGAGCACAGAUUAUCAUGUAUUCAGAGGGAACAAUGGAUCUGAUGGAACUAAUCAUGAUCUAUCCUUUCCUGAAAGGAGAAGAGUCCAAACAAAGACUUGUUGAAAUUGCUAAUAAGGCUAAAGGCAGAUACUUUCCUGCUUUUGAAAAUGUUUUGAAGACUCAUGGACAAAACUUUCUUGUUGGUAACCAGCUGAGCAUGGCAGAUGUACAACUGUUUGAAGCUAUUUUAAUGGUAGAAGAAAAAGUCCCUGAUGCACUCUCUGGAUUUCCUUUACUCCAGGCAUUCAAAACUCGAAUCAGUAAUAUUCCAACAGUUAAGACAUUUCUGGCCCCUGGCAGCAAGAGAAAGCCUGUGCCUGAUGCUAAGUAUGUGGAAGAUAUUAUCAAGAUCUUUUACUAAAACAGAAAACUUUCCCAUGGAGAGAGAGAUUUUGUGUAUGUGAUUACUUUGUGAUUCUAGGACCCUUAAUGUCAUAUUCCAAUCAUGUCAGUUCUAAUACUCUGUGAAAUUUGCCUAGGUAUAGCUACUUUCCAAAAUAGCAUUUUGAAAGAACCCAGCAAACCCAGGAAAGAGAUAAUAGAGGCAAAUAUUCUCCUUUUCUCAGUAAUCCAAGAAUUAGAAUGUUCAUUCUAAAAACUUGGCUUCGAGGUCUCUGGUUGAAGGACUGAUCUAGGUGAAUGAGAGCAUUGAUUUCUUGUCUGUGUUUCUGCACCUUAUCUUGCUCUAAGUUCUCUCAGGUUCUUCUGAUUUACUCUGUAAGCUUCAGGGAUAUAGAUCCUAGACCUAAUCUGAACUGAGUGAGACCUCCAUCAGCUAUAUGCUCUUUCACCUUCCAGAAGUGACCUUAUCUAAACUGCUCCAGCAUCUAAGACAUCGAGUGCUUACUGAAUGAAUGAAUUCUGUACCAUGUUUUUUGUGCUGAGUAUAGCAUUCAAAGUUGGGCUUCUCUAAUUGUUGGGGCCUAAUAAAUAGCAAAAUGUUAGUUAAUACUACUGAUCUGAGUCACAAUCACCUGUACUGUGACAAAAAAUAAAAUAAAUAUGUAUCAAAUAAAGGCUUUCUACACACAGA